AUGUCUGUUGUUAUCCAAAACCUUCAGAGGUCAGUCAGAUUAGACCUGAGACGUAUGGAGAGAGACGUCCGUUAUUUGCGACGCUUGAUGGAGUUGACCAGCUUCCAUCUGGGUAUCCAAUGCGUUGAAAACGAUUACAUAGCAGAGGCGAAUCUGACUUACAGAGGAGUCGAAGGAACAACCGAUGUUUUAGCUUUCCCACUUAUCGAGGAUAUGGAGCCGGGAAAACCUUUGCCCGAGAUCACUGACCCGGAUAGUAGAAUAUUGGGUGACCUGAUGUUGGGAAUCCCUUAUAUACACGAACACGCCGUGUUUCACGGGGAACAAUUGGAGGAGACACUAAAUGUGAUGAUUCUUCAUGGAAUGUGUCAUUUGAUUGGCUACGACCAUGAGACGAAGGACCAAUGGGAACAGAUGUACAAUAAAGAGUUAAAGAUCCUUGAGCGGUUCAACAAAAGAACAGGAUAUAGCUGCAAACCUCUUUUAGGGGUAGGGCAUGGAUGAAACAUUGAGACAUUCACUGUCAUUUGUAACCACCAUUUUCUGUUCACGGGAGACUGGAAACAAUAUUGUUCCUGAACAUUUGAAAUAUGUUCAAUUUUAGUGGUGCACAAAAACGGAAUGAAUGAUUAAACCAAUGAAGUUUGAUGUAAUUUCAACCAAUAGAGUGUCGUCAACAACCAAGCCAAGACAUGAAAGAUAGGAUGCAAAUAUUAUACAUAGCCUAUUGCAUUCAAGGUUGACUGCUCAGGCCAAUAGUUUGAAAUUGUCAAAUGGCGCAAAGCUUCGGAACACUUCUGCCUUUAUCUUAUCUAAAUGUUGACGGUGUCGGUAAUUGUUAAAUUAUUAAUGAAGUGAUUCCAUGGAGUGAUAUUUCUGAUAUUUUCCAUGUUAUAGUAUUUCUGGAAACGAACAAUAUUUCAAUAGGCUGUUGACAAAUAACCCCAUAAAAUCCAGCAAAGCUAAUUCAAACGUACUGUCAAAGGAAUACAGACCAUGAACAUGUACUAGCAAAUCAUAUGCUAGACCUUGUUGCAUGCCUUCAUCAUGAUCAUUAUAAAUUUAUAUCAUUUUUAUUUUCUUGAUUUCUUGACAAAUAUAUCAUUAAAAUACUUUGAUGCAGUUUUGAGAAACUGUUUCGUUCACAUUUAUUGUCACUUAUUGGCACUGUUAACAAAAACCCUGUC